GCGGUGCAGAAUUUAAAUGAAACGACAUGUAUAUAAUACAUUGUCAUUUUAGGAAUGCAAAAGUUCAUUUUACUUCAUGAAAAUGAGUCCUGUUUAAAUGUAACACAAUGAAUCUACAAUGUACUGUAUAAGCAUAGGUAAUACUGGUUAAUGCACGAUUACGCUGCAUGUAUUAAUUCAAGUUUGGUUAGAAAAAUACUUGGAUAUUCAUCUGCACUAGAUGUUAUGGCGCCAAUGAAAUUUUACAAAAACAGGUUAAAUCUACAAGCAUAAAAAUAAUAGACUAAACAAUUUUAAACAGUUAACCUCUUUUUUGUUACUUUACUGUAAAAGUGACAAAACUCAGGAAAUUUAUCACUGACAACUAGAAAUGGAGAAGGAACUUAUAAGAAAAGUAAAAAAGUCAAGAUUUCUCAGCUACAAAAGUAAUCAGGAUAUUAGCAAUGAAAACAACCCUCUAUUUUUAAAUGAAGCUAAAUCGAACUUGAGUACUCCUACACAAACAAUGUUGCUGAAGACAAACUCUGAGGGCAGCAGUUCAGUUUCACAGGGAAGUAAUUUUAUGUGUUCGCAUGAAAGGAUACACAUAAACUUUAAUAUAAGCAGCGAGGAAACUUCCCUAAGCUCUAAACACUUAAAAAAGAAGUUAAGUGAAAAUGAUAGUAACAGUAUGAACACAUUUUCAAAAAAAAGCAGAACUAGUUUUGAAGUAAUGCCAUGUUCUAGAGAAAGAUCAUUUGCCAAUGAACUUCUCUCUGUUGAUGACUCUCUGUUAGAGAAUCUAGAUUUAUCAUUUAAAGAUAUUCCAGUGAACAAUCACAUGCAGGAUAAAGGUGCAGUGGUUAAUGAAAAUAAUAGUAAAUCAUCUGACAUAUUCAACAGUAAUGAAGAAGAAGAAAGUGAAGAUAUCGAUCCUGAGGAACGAGCAUGGGACAUGUCUAUAAGUGUUGUAGAAGAUAAAGACAGAUCAUUUAGUGAAGGAAACAAUUCAUGUCAUAAAGUACCCAAUUCUCCUGGGUUGUCUGGAUUGGUCUUUGAUACCUGGGUGACUCCUACAAAAAGCCCUCCUGAACCAAAAGAUGAAAGGAAAUCACUUGAAGAUUUGCUGAAAAGAACUCUAGUAAACAAUGCUCAUAAGAAGCUUGUUAAUCAUUCCUCACCAAGGUCAUUGUUUUCUUCUCCUGGUAGUAAAAUUUGGGUGCCUGAUGGAGGCUCAUUUUUCGGACUGCCUAUCAGUGUCAGGAAACUGAUCAAACGAUUUAAGGGCAUCACUAAAUUGUAUGAAUGGCAAGAAGAAUGUUUACGACUUCCUGCAAUUGAAAAACGAACAAAUCUAAUUUAUGCUCUUCCAACAAGUGGAGGGAAAACCCUUGUGGCUGAGAUAUUAGUGUUGAAGGAAAUUUUGUGUAGAGAAAAAAAUGCAUUGUUUGUCCUUCCUUAUGUGUCAAUAGCACAGGAAAAGGUGCGGGCAUUCUCUCCAUUUGCCGUAGAGCUUGGAUUUCUAGUAGAGGAGUAUGCAGGCAGUAAAGGUGCAUAUCCUCCACAGAAAAGACGGCGGAAACGCAGUGUUUAUGUUGCCACCAUAGAGAAGGCGCUAGGUCUGGUCCACAGCCUCCUUGAGUUUCAUAGAAUAGAAGAGCUUGGCUUGGUUGUUGUUGAUGAGCUUCACCUCAUUGGAGAACCCAAGCGAGGAGCCAACUUGGAGUCUAUGCUCACUAAACUUAUCUACAACAAAAGUGAUAUACAGAUAGUUGGUAUGAGUGCCACUAUCGGGAACUUGUCUGACAUUGCUGCAUUCCUGAAGGCUGAUGUUUACACUCAAGACUUCCGCCCAAUAGAACUAACAGAGUAUGUCAAAGUAGAAGAGGAACUUUUCAGAGUUGACCAUUCUGUCAAUAAUGAUGUUCCACUUGUUUUUCAUUCAAAGCUGUCAUUUCAGUACUCUCAAGAGCAGAGACAGCAGGAUCCAGAUCAGAUUGGUGCCUUGGUUGAACAAGUUAUACCAGAACAUUCCUGCCUUGUCUUCUGUCCUUCCAAGAAAAACUGUGAAAACGUAGCUCUUUUGGUGUGCAAUGUGUUUAAGCGAAGCAUCAUGGAGUAUAAAUGUGAGGAGAAGAAAGCACUAUUUCGAGCUCUUCUGUCUGAAGGCAAUGGCACUGUGUGUCCUAUCCUGAAAAAAACAUUACCUUUUGGCGUUGCGUACCAUCAUUCGGGUCUAACCACUGCCGAGAGGAAUCUACUAGAGGAAGCAUUCUUAGCCAAAACUAUAUGUUGUAUCUGCUGUACUUCUACACUGGCUGCCGGGGUCAACCUACCAGCCCGCAGGGUGAUCUUGAGGUCUCCAUACAUUGGGACCCAACUACUCAACAUCAGUCGAUACAAGCAGAUGGUAGGGCGGGCUGGUCGAACUGGCAUGGGUGAAGUGGGGGAGUCUUUCCUACUGUGCAAACAUCAAGAUGCUCAAAAGGUGGGGGAACUGCUGAGCUCAGACAUGGACCUUUGCAGCAGUCAGCUGGCAGGCACAGGAUUGGAGUGUCUGAUUAUCAGUGCCGUGGACCUGGGCGUAGUCUGCACUGCGAAGACUGUCUUGGCGAUGUGUCAAUGCUCCCUACUUGCUGUCCAGGCUGCCCGGCUGGGUGUGGACCUGCCUGAGGCGGUGACUGCUGCCCUUGAUCGAUUGGUACAAAUUGGGGCACUCACCAGGAGUGCUGAUAAUCUAGAACUCAGCAAGAUUGGCAAGGCUGCAGUUAAAGGUGAUAAAUCUUAG